UGCGAGCGCGGCCGCGAAGCGUACGUGUUGUUCAAACAAUGUGCGUGUUUACAUAACAAGCGAGCCACGUGACGUGACAUGGGCCGUGCAGGCUUCGCGGGAGUAUGUGCCUACUUCCUCGUGGGGAGCGUGCUCGGCACUGGGCUGGGCCGGUGCCCACUGUACCCACCCCUGCCCAACUUUGACAUUCAAAAGAUGACCGGCACGUGGUUCGAGGUGGAGAGGUCGUUUUACUUCAUGGAGCUCGCGGCGAGCUGCACCGAGCUCGACGUGGCGCUCAACGACAAAGGAUACUUCGUCAUCACCAUCAAGACUAUAAAUCGAUUGACUGGCAGUCCAUCGACCACAUACGGCCUCGGCAUCCCGAGCCACAACGGUUCCUCAAUAUUCCGGUACAAGCUGAACAAUCGAAUGCCGUACGUGAUUGGUCGGCUGCUGCCUGGCGCGGGCCAGUACAACAUACUCUUUACUGACUACACGCAGUACGCGUUGCUGUGGUCCUGUAAUAGCUUUAGUAUAGCGCAUUCUGAUCGCAUCUGGGUGCUGGGGCGCGAGCGCGAGAUCGGCGCGAGCGUGCGCGCACAGAUCUACGCCAUCAUGCAGCAGCUGCGGCUCGACCCCGACCGACUCAUCAUAUCCAAGAACUACAACUGCACCCAACCCACAAUAUAUUAGUUACGAUAUUUAUAAGUAUAUUAUUUAAUAAAGUUUAGACAUACA